UUAAAAGCAAUAACUAAAAGAACGAACCCUCUUCUUUUAGGGAAGUAUUUAUAUAAGUUUGUUUGGUUCAUCAAAGACCCCUCAUUCGUUCUCAUCAGGCUGCUCAUGGAAGAAAUCAGCAACAACUCGGGCGUAGUGGAUUUCCCUGAAAACUUUAUGGACGAGUUCCUUUGGGAGGAGCAAUGCUGGGAAGAAGAUGCAUUAUCAUCACCAGCAGGGUUAAAGGAGAGGGUGACUUGCGCCAUGGGGCACCUGCAAGAGGUACUGAUGGGAGAGAGGGAGUUGCUGAUCCAGCUGUGGGUGCCUGUAGAGAGAAGGAGCGGAAGAGUGCUGAGAACGGAGGAUCAGCCUUACUCUCUCAACCCAUUCUCCCAGAGCCAGAGCCAGAGCCUGGCCCUCUACAGAGACGCCUCAGCAGGCUACAGCUUCGCAGCAGAGCUUGGGUCGGACCAGCCCGUGGGGCUGCCUGGGCGUGUGUUCUUGAGGAGGAUGCCCGAGUGGACACCAGACGUUCGCUUCUUCACGAGCGAGGAGUACCCUCGCAUAGGAUACGCCCGCAUGUACAAGGUCCGAGCCUCCCUCGCUCUCCCACUCUUCCAAGGAGCCUCCGGGAACUGCGUGGCCGUGAUGGAAAUGGUCACCACUCGCCGCAGCUUGGAGCAUGCCUCCCAACUUCACACCAUCUGCCAUGCCCUUCAGGCCUUUGAUCUCCGGACUUCACAAACCUCCAUCGUUCCAGCCUCUCUCAAGCUUCAUACAGAGGUGGCCUCGAUUCUCCAAGGCAUCUGCAGUUCACACGGGCUCCCUCUAGCCAUCACGUGGGGGCACCAAGACGACUCAUCCAGCCUCUCUGCUAUAACCUCCGCCUGUUACGCCGCUGACCAAGACAGCCGCUGCUUCCUGGCCGCCUGUUCAGAGCACCAUCUAUUCGGCGGCCAGGGAAUCGCCGGAAGAGCUUUUGCCACCAAGAAACAGUGUUUCGCAACAGAUGUGGCCAUCUUCAGCAAGUGGAGCCAUCCUCUCUCCCACUACGCCAGGAUGUUGGACCUCCACGCUGCUCUCGCCGUCCCUCUCCUGACCAGACGCAACCGCACCGUCCAAUUUGUUCUCGAGUUCUUCUUCCCCAGAGACUGUCUUGACAUCCAAACUCAGAGGCUGACCCUCGCCUCCCAACUCAACAUACACUUCCAGAGCUCACCACAUCUGAUGGUAGACGACCAACUUGCAGAAGAAGUGAGGGACACAGCCACACCCCUGACAGAUGAGGACCCCAAGGGCAAACAACAAGUGUCGCUUUCAUUCUCUUCUUCUUCCUCCCUGGAGAGCCGAAAACGCAAGACAAAGGCUGAACACGAUAUCACUUUGGAGACUCUCAGACAACACUUUGCUGGCAGCCUCAAGGACGCUGCUAAAAAUAUUGGGGUAUGUCCUACGACCUUGAAGAGGAUCUGCAGACAGCACGGAAUCUCAAGGUGGCCAUCUAGGAAGAUCAAGAAAGUUGGACAUUCUCUUAGAAAACUGCAGGUGGUUAUCGACUCUGUCGAAGGAGUUCAAGGCUCUCUCCAUCUCGCCUCCUUCUACUCAAGCUUCCCUCAACUUCAGUCUUCCUCUACUUCUUCUUUUCCUUUGAUCAAUCCAACCCAAACUAUCCAUGUGCCUCCAAAGUCACCACCUUCGUCAUCUGGUAGCCAGAGCUCGUCAGGUUCAAGCACUUGUUGCUCAUCCGAAGAGCAACAGCUUGGUGGCUUCCAGAAACCAGCUCUCAGCCAUCCACAGGUGCUUCCUCUAAGCAUCCUGCAUGAGGACCAGAGGCCAGCUCGCGUAACCUCCUCCCUACCCCCAUUGCCAUCUGCAACAGCUCCAAGGAAAGCAAAGGAAGGGAUGAAAGUGAAGGCUAUGUUUAGAGAUUCGAUGCUGAGGAUGUGCCUGCAGCCCCACUCGUGUCUCGCAGACCUCAGAAGAGAGAUCGCAAAGCGGUUUGGGAUGGAUGAUGUUUUGACAAGUAACUUCGUUCUCAAGUAUAUGGACGAUGAUCAAGAAUGGGUUCUAUUGACGUGCGAAGCUGAUCUUGAGGAGUGCAUACAAGUCUACAAGUCUUCUCUUGAGAAAACUAUCAGAAUAUUGGUUCACCAUCCUCUCUCUCUCUCUCUUUCUCCCCUCCUUUGAUUCUUGACUAAAUUAUAAAACCCACUUCGCUAAUUUCCAUCAUCCUCCCAUCGUUUUAUUUUGGCUUGGUUUGUAUAUCUUUCUUUUUACAUUUACAUGCAACAAAAACUUGUUUGAUUUAAACGUAUUCAUUUAGUUUGUUGGCUUCUUCUUGUGAUCCCUUUUCUCUCUAUAUAUAUAUCAUUUAUAUAAUAUAGAUUACUAGUUUCUUUGAAGCUAAUA